AUGUCCUCCACACCACCAUCCGUAGGGCGACCACAACUCAGUCGUACACCGCACUCCCCUCCCUCUCCUGAUCUUCAGGGCAGAACGAACAAACGUAUCAAGCUACACCACUCGACCUCCAAGCUCGAAUCCAUCCUCUCAUCCUUGUCCGACUCGACGAACAUAUCUCGCCAUCAAGUCGACAUUGCACAGCGACAACUUGACUCCCUACUCACAUCUGAGAAAUCCUUGGAAAGGGAGAACCAGUCACUCAGAUCGUCACUCAAGGAAGAACGUAGCUCCCAUCAAGUGACCAAAAAGGAUUGGGAGAUGGCUCAAUGGUCAGUACGACGAUUGAGGAAGGAAAACGAUAUACUGCUGAGAAAAUAUAGCAAGGUGGAUGUUGAGCUGGCUAAAGAGAAGGAGAAGUACGAGAGGGCCAGGGAGAAAUUGGAGAAGGAGGUCAAGGACCACUUGACAACAACCAAAGAAUUGUCCAGAGUGAAAGAGGAGAUCACCUUGCUUAAAGCUAUGAGACGACCUGAGGUAUCCGACCCGACGGACGAGGUGCAACAAGUCGAGACCGAUUCUGAGAGUAUGGAGAAGGAGAACAAAUACCUUAUCAGGAAGAACAUGGAUCUAGAAAUUGAGUUUGAGAAUUAUAAACAAGAUAGAUCCGCGAAAACCCUAGAGCUGAUAAACGAACUAGGACGUAUGCUAGGUGAUGGAGGAGGUAAAGACAUAUUGUGA